GCAGCGGCGGCCGUGGAGCCCUGGCGAGGCGGGGGCGGCCCCGUCCCGCAGAGCGCUCCGCCGCCGCGGCCCCGCCGCCGCUGGAGCCACCGCCAGUCGAGGAGGAGGACAAGAUGCCGGGGUACGCUGAAAGAAAACCAACUUUUGGGAUGCUCUGUGGGGAGAUACAUCUGUGACACGGAGUAUGUGUUUGAUCAUCUACAAUCUGAUGCAACAGUUUGUGUUCUAUAUAUGACAGAAGAAUUAAUUGUGGAGAGAGUCCAGCUGAAUGGCUAUGUCAUAAUAAGGAACUGGUUUAAAAUGUCAGUAUCUCAUGCCAGUGAUCCAAGUUUGGGAAAGCCUAGAAACCCAACAGUGAAAAAACCUACUUUCUUGUAAAAGCUGGUUCAAAAAGAAUGAACAGUUGUUAUAUACUUUACCAUGUAUUCCCUGAUUCUUUAGCACUGAAUCUUUCAUUACACUGAAAUCAUGGUAUGAGGAUUGGUGGAGAAGGUCCUCCCCCCAUCCCCAGUACACAUCCAGCAGCUAAAGACUGUGUCAAAAUGACCUCUGAGGAGAUGACAGCGUCUGUUCUGCUCUCUGUAGUACAGGGUAAAGUGAUAGCUGCCCAGUCAGCUGGAGAUGAAAAUACUGAACAUGCUUUGGACACCAAUGUUAUAAGAAGACAUACUGCCAGUUCGGGAAGGCAAACCACACACAAUCUGUCUUACUUACACAGACUCGAAGAAGAAAGUCUUCAGGGCUCAGUGCCCAAAAUAUUCCCUCUGGCCACAGAACAACUGACUAACGACAAGAGUAAUGAAAACUUCUGGGAGAGGAACAGCUCCAUCUCUGAUUCAGUGGAAUUUCUUAACAUUAACUGUAACAUUGUACAGAAGAACUACAAGAGCAAUAUCCCGUGCAGCCAGUUGUAUCAAUCUUGUGCUCCUUUAGCAGGGGAAGAGGCAUGCCUGGAAACUGGAAUUCCUGUUUCGCUGGAAAGAGCCAUGCUUGCUGAAAUUCAGUUGAAAAUGAAUGGACCUUCAUUAAGAAGCCAGACAGCAGUAAAUAAGAAUGACAGCAGUGAUCCUGAUAAAGUGGCCUUUUUUCACUUACAUUGUGCUAGUGAAAGGAAUAUAUCAAAGGCUUUGUGUGGUUUACACAACAGUUUCAUUUUGGAUGACUGCUUGCAGCCCGUGAGUGAUGGUGAUGGUAACACCACUGGUUCCCCAGCCUGCACUUGCAGCAUAAUGCAGUUGACAAAUAAUUGUGAGAAUCAAAAUGGGCAGCAGUUGUAUGAAGAUGCUUUAAGGGAUAAGUACUUAUGUCUGGAAAGAGCACCACGAAAGGUUAAAGUGACGUGCUCAGGUCACAACUUCUGUGGAAAUAACUUUACUGGGAGAAUGCCCUCAAAACCCUUUCUGAGCCAUUUUGAGGACUGUAAUGAUAGCUGUGAAGAAGAGUUGGAAGAGGAUUUUUUUAGAAACAAAAAGGAACGUUCUACUCUAUUAAUAAGACGUUUCUGUAAAAACGAUAAAGAGGUUAAAAAAUCCGUUUAUACUGGAACGAGAGCAAUUUUUAGGACUUUACCAUCAGGGCACAUAGGAACUGUUGCUUGGAAUUACAUUGAGCAAAGGAGAAACAACAGUGGCAUGAAGCUUUCUAGGAUUACAACAGAACAGCUAACUAUAAUUCAGUCCCUAAUAAAAUGGAAAUUUAAUUCCUGUCUUGAGAAGUCUUUAUGGUAUGAGAUCUUCAGUACAGUGAGAGAAGAAGAGGAAGGAACAGAAGUUAUUUUUGAAUAUAUUCCUCAUCUUCUGAGAAAGCUCCCAACAUCUGUUACAGACUGUAUAUACAAAGGAGAUGGUUUUUGUGUAAAACCAUGUGUAACAGGUGCUUACUGUCAAUAUCGUGCCACUUUACAGAGGACUGCACUCUCUAAUUAUAUAACUGGUGCUUUACUAGAAGCAACUACAUCAUUAGGAGCAAGAAGUGGUCUUUUAAAUAUCUUCGGAGGGUCAACUGGAAGAACUAUGCUUAAAGAACGCCAAGCGUGCACAGCUAUGGCUGGCUCCAGCGUCCUUGCCUCCAGCGUGGCCGGUAUCAGCAAGGAGCUGAUCGAGCUGCAGCACCUCAUCCAGUUCCCGGAGGAGGUUGCCAGCAUUCUGACUGAGCAGGAGCAGGAGCUCUACCGCAGAGUCUUACCCAUCGACUACCUCUGCUUUCUGACCAGGGAUUUGGGUAAUGCUGAGUGUCAAAGCAAGCUGCCAUCUAUCAAGGCAUCCAUAUCCGCUACUAUUCUUUCUUCUCCCAAUGGUGAACAUAAUGCUGUAGAAGAUCUUGUGACAAGGUUUAAUGAGGUGAGCUCCUGGGUUACCUGGCUGAUCCUGACUGCAGGUUCUAUGGAAGAGAAACGGGAAGUCUUCUCAUACUUAGUUCAUGUGGCAAAAUGCUGCUGGAAUAUGGGCAACUACAAUGCUGUAAUGGAAUUCCUGGCAGGGCUAAGGUCAAGAAAAGUUUUAAAAAUGUGGCAAUUCAUGGACCAGUCUGAUAUUGAAACUAUGCGAAGUCUAAAGGAUGCUAUGGCACAGCAUGAGUCAUCAUCUGAAUACAGGAAGGUGGUCAACCGAGCGCUCAAUAUUCCAGGCUGCAAAGUUGUUCCUUUCUGUGGUGUAUUUUUAAAAGAGCUCUGUGAAGUUUUGGAUGGGGCAUCAAGCCUCAUCAGACUCUGUCCACGAUAUAACUCCCAGGAUGAAACGCUAGAGUUUGUUUCAGAUUACACUGGACAAGAUAAUUUCUUACAACGAGUAGGUCAAGAUGGUUUAAAUAAUCCAGAAAAAGAAUCAACAACAAACAAUAUCUUUCAAACUAUUCGGAGCUGCAAUCGCAGUUUGGAGUCUGAAGAUGGUGAAGAUAAUGUCAGUGAAGGGAGUGAUUCAAGGAAAAACUCUCUGAAGGACAAAACCAGGUUCCAAUUUCUCAUUGGAGAUCUUUCAGAUUCUGAAAGUGACAUAUUUGAGCAGUUGAAAGAAUGGGACACAAGUUCAACAGAAGAGCAACAAAAGGCUUUCUGCCAUGGGAUAGAACUCAUUCCCUGGUACGUGUUGUCCAUCAGGGCUGAUGUCCAUCAGUUCAUGCAACAAGGGGCAACCGUCAUUCAUUAUGACCAGGAGACACAUCUCUCAGCUCGCUGCUUUCUUCAGCUCCAGCCUGACAAUAGUACUUUGACUUGGACAAAACCCACAACAGUUUGCCCUGCAAAUGCUAGGGCAAAGCUGAGUGUGCUGGGCAAUACUGCUGAGCUUGGUAAAUACCAGUUUCUUGGUAAUACUGGGCUGGUGGAAGGCUUUUUGGACUUGUUUUCAGCCAAGGCUGUAUAUAUGGGACACUCGGGCAUUGAUAUGCACACUGUGUGUGUUCAGAAUAAACUUUGCAAUAUGUCCCUUGAAGAAAAUGGUAUAACACUCCUUUAUGGACUUCAGACUACUGAUAAUAAGUUACUGCACUUUGUUGCUCCAAAAUACACUGCCAGAAUGCUGUAUGAUGGAUUGCUGGAAUUGACUAAAGCUGUAAGAAAAAUGAGGAGAUUCCCUGAUCAAAGACUACAAUGGCUACGGAAACAGUAUGUCAGCCUUUACCAGGAGGAUGGAAGGUUUGAAGGCCCAACCUUGGCUCAGGCUGUUGAGCUGUUCGGAGGCAGACGAUGGAGUGCAAGAAGCACAGGCACAGGAUCUCUCACCAAAACCACUGAGAAACCCAAUGUGCAGAGAAACAACACCCUGGGAAUUAGCACAGCUAAGAAAAAGAAGAAAGUACUCAUCAGGGGUGAAAGUGGUGAGGCCACUGAUGAUGAAAUGGCGACUCGGAAGGCAAAAAGCUGUAAGGAAUAUCGUAAUAGAAGUGGUUCAGAUCCUCAAGAUAUUGAUGAACAAGAAGAACCAGAUCAAAAUAUUAUUAUUAAUGCUUCUCCAUCUAACAACUUGCCAUCAAGAAGAGCUCACUCUCUGACAGCAUCUGGAUCUCCCAGCUUAGGAGCUACAUCAUCUUCACCAGCAAGACCAGUCUCCUCUCCUGUAAUAUCAUCAAGCAAAAGUCAGUCUAGCACAUGGAGCAGCAGUAGCUGGCAUGGCCGUGUCAAAGGAGGAAUGAAGGGAUUUCAGAACUUCAUGGUGUCUGAUAGUAACAUGACUUUUGUGGAAUUUGUAGAGCUCUUCAAAUCUUUCAGUGUCCGUAGCCGCAAGGAUCUGAAAGACCUUUUUGAUGUUUAUGCUGUGCCUUGCAAUCGGUCUGGCUUAGAGCCUGCUCCACUUUAUACUAAUUUGAAGAUUGAUGAAAAUAGCAGUGGAUUCCAGCCUGAUUUAGAUUUGUUGACUAGAAAUGUUUCAGACCUUGGUUUAUUCAUUAAGAGCAGGCAGCAGCUAUCAGACAACCAGAGGCAAAUAUCUGAUGCAAUUGCUGCUGCCAGCAUUGUAACCAAUGGUACUGGAGUUGAAAGCACCUCACUGGGAGUAUUUGGAGUAGGAAUCCAGCAGCUGAACGACUUCCUAGUGAAUUGCCAAGGAGAGCACUGCACCUAUGAUGAAAUCCUCAGUAUUAUCCAGAAAUUUGAACCUAGUGUGAACAUGUGCCAGCAGGGGCUGCUAUCUUUUGAAGGAUUUGCAAGAUUUUUGAUGGAUAAAGACAACUUUGCCUCCAAAAAUGAUGAAUCACAGGAGAAUGCUGAGGACUUGCACUUUCCUCUCUCAUAUUACUACAUAGAGUCCUCACACAAUACUUACCUUACUGGCCAUCAGCUUAAAGGGGAGUCCUCAGUGGAGCUCUACAGCCAGGUUCUUUUACAAGGCUGCAGAAGUGUAGAAUUGGACUGCUGGGAUGGUGAUGAUGGCAUGCCUAUCAUUUAUCAUGGGCACACUCUCACUACAAAGAUCUCUUUUAAGGAGGUGGUUGAAGCCAUCGAUCGCAACGCGUUCAUCACCUCCGACAUGCCCGUCAUCAUCUCCAUUGAGAACCACUGCUCGCUGCCCCAGCAGCGCAAGAUGGCCGAGAUUUUCAAGAAUGUAUUUGGAGAUAAGUUGGUGACGAAGUUUUUAUUUGAGAGUGACUUUUCUGAUGAUCCCAUGCUGCCUUCCCCGGGCCAGCUGAGAAGAAAAAUCCUGCUUAAAAACAAGAAGCUGAAAGCCCAUCAAACGCCAGUGGAUAUAUUGAAACAAAAGGCUCACCAGCUGGCACAUUUGCAAGCACAGGCUAGCAAUGGUGCUAGCAACCCCCCACCUACCAAUGAAGAGGAAGAAGAUGAAGAGGAUGAAUAUGACUAUGACUAUGAAUCUCUCUCUGAUGAUAAUAUUCUUGAAGAUCGACCUGAGAAUAAAUUAUCAAGUGAUAAACUGCAGUUUGAAUAUAAUGAAGAGACUGCCAAACGACUAAAGAAGGCUGAUUGUGCUACUUACAAUAAUAAAGGAAAGGUUUACGACAUGGAGCUGGGUGAAGAAUUCUAUCUUCCACAAAAUAAGAAGGAAAGCAGACAAAUAGCCCCAGAGCUAUCAGAUCUUGUCAUUUAUUGUCAAGCUGUAAAGUUCCCGGGCUUGUCAACUCUAAACCCAUCUGGCUCUAGCAGAGGAAAAGAAAGAAAAAGCAGGAAGUCCAUUUUUGGCAACAAUCCUGGCAGGCUGAGCCCUGGGGAGUCAGCUGCUCUUGCCAAAGCAUCUGGGAAAGGUCCCUUUGAUGCGAUGCGGCAGCCGUGGGAAGACCCUUGCUGUCCUUACAGCUCCCCAGCUUCCCUCAGCGCCAUCAUAAGGACGCCCAAGUGCUACCACAUCUCGUCCCUGAACGAGAACGCUGCCAAGCGCCUCUGCAGGCGCUAUUCCCAGAAGCUGAUCCAGCACACCACCUGCCAGCUGCUGAGGACCUACCCCGCCGCCACGCGCAUCGACUCCUCCAACCCCCACCCCCUCAUCUUCUGGCUCCACGGGGUGCAGCUUGUGGCUCUCAACUACCAAACGGAUGAUCUUCCUCUGCAACUCAAUGCAGCAAUGUUUGAGGCUAACGGUGGCUGUGGAUAUGUUUUGAAACCUCCAGUUCUGUGGGAUAAGAACUGUUCAAUGUACCAGCAUUUUUGUCCAUUGGAAAGAGACCUUGAUAAUAAGGAGCCAGCUAUAUAUUCUUUAACAAUCGUGUCUGGCCAGAACGUUUGCCCCAGCAACAGCACGGGCAGCCCCUGCAUCGAGAUCGACGUGCUGGGGAUGCCCCUGGACAGCUGCCACUUCCGCACCAAGCCCAUCCACCGCAACACGCUCAACCCCAUGUGGAACGAGCAGUUCCUUUUCCGCGUGCACUUCGAGGAUUUGGUUUUCCUCCGGUUCGCGGUCGUUGAGAACAACAGCUCGGCGGUAACGGCUCAGAGAAUCAUUCCCCUGAAAGCGCUCAAGAGAGGCUACAGACAUGUCCAGCUCCAUAACCUACACAAUGAAACAUUAGAAAUUUCCAGUUUGUUCAUAAACAGUCGGAGAAUGGAAGAAAGUCCCUCUGGAAACACUCUGCCUGCAUCUGUGUUGUUUAGCCUGGGAGAAAGGAAAGCUGCUGUGACUUACAAAGUGACAGUUCAUGGAAUUCCAGGCCCGGAGCCUUUCACUGUUUUCAGUGUAAGUGCAGGGACCACUGCUGCACAGCUGCUCCAUCAGCUCUUAGCUACCAUAAAAGGCACCGAGUCAUGCGCUGCAGACUAUUUUCUGAUGGAAGAGAAAAGUUUUAUAUCUAAAGAAAAGAGUGAAUGCAGGAAACCACCAUUCCAGAGAGUGAUUGGUCCUGAAGAAGGGCUAGUGCAGCUUUUAAACAGUUGGUUCCCAGAAGAAGGAUAUGUUGGAAGAAUUAUCUUUAAAACUCGAGAGGAAAAUUUAAAUGAGAGAAAUGUCUUUCGAGAAGCAAAGGAAGAAGCAGCCAUCAGCUCUGAGGAUGACAGCUUCUUUGUUCAGGUACACGACGUCUCCCCAGAGCAACCACGCACCGUGAUCAAAGCUCCACGCCUCAGCACGGCUCAGGAUGUCAUACAGCAGACUCUCUGCAAAGCCAAAUACUCCUACAGCAUUUUGAGCAAUCCAAACCCAAGUGAUUAUGUGCUCUUGGAAGAGGUGACAAAAGAGCCAGCAAACAAAAAGUCUUCAACAUCUAAACCAUCUCAGAGGAUUCUCUCUGAUCAAGAGUGUGUGUUUCAAGCCCAAAGCAAGUGGAAGGGAGCAGGAAAAUUCAUCCUUAAGCUCAAAGAGCAGGUUCAGGCAGCACGAGAUGACAAGAGAAAAGGCAUCUCCUUCACCAGUGAACUGAAGAAGCUGACCAAGUCGAGUAAGCAGUACCGGGGCUUCGUGUCCCCCCCGCUGCAGGACAGUCCCCAGGGCAGGGACGAGAGAGCCGCCUGCGCCUUGGCCUUCAGUGACAUCAUGGAAUAGUCCAGACAUCCCUGCUGCCACAGCAAGGCUGCUCAGUGCAUUUGAAGGAUCCUGCUACAGACUGAACUGGUCAGCAAUUGUGUGCCCUGUGCUACACAUGCUUAACCCAGGCAAUGCUGCUGGGUUAACGGCCAGAAUCUGGGAUGGGAUGCUGUAGAUGGGAAAGAUGCCUGUCAGCUCUCGGAAGGUUCCUCUCUUCCUCUAUCUUCGCAUCUGCAGAUUCUCCAUAGGCGGAUGGAGAAGUUUUCUUGGACUGAGUGUUGUAAACAAACACGUGUCAUCACCCUCCCCUUUUUAAACAAAAGAUAAUUUUAGCUUGUUGCCUCUAAGGAAUCUGAAGGCAAAGAACCAGAGUGUUCUUUUAUGUGUAUUAUAUUAAAAUAACGCACUUUGACCUGAUGAUUACUGUUACACUGUGUUAAGUGAUUGUAAAGAGAUUUAAAUAUGCUGUAACUUCCUCUGCAUAUCUGUUUAACUUUGGAGAAUAUACACAAAACACUCGAAAUUAUUUAUGGUUUAUCUACAUUAACAAAAUAAUGUACAAUAGCUGAAUACACCUUACUGGUAGUGAGACCUUUGCAAGGAACAACAUUUUCUUCUUAUAAAUUUUAGUUUUCCAGGCUUGUGUUUAAAGAAAGAAUAUUUAUUAUCAUGUUUCAAAGUACAUGCCAUUGUAUAGUAUAUUUAUCAUAUACUACUUUUUAGAAAAUUCAGACUUUUUUAUCUUUUUCUGGAUUUAGAGGAAAAAAAUAUUAGAACUUUUCUGAUUGUUUCUUUUUAGCACAAGGUGUUUAAUACCCAGUACUGACCAAAUUCAAAACAAUGCAUUGUAAUUAACAUUUCAAAAAUUUGAAUUCAAACCACAUUUUUCCAUGUAGUCAGGAACUGUCUUUUUACUUGUCUGUUAAACCCAGAGGGUUAAGUUAGUUGUGGUAGUCUCUUUUUUUUUUUCUCUCCAAGGGAGUUACUGAUGUGUUUAGUUAUUUAAAAUAAUCCAUUACAGGGACACAAAUUAAACAACUGCUGCAAUCAGCCAUCCCUUUGAUCUCCCACAAGAAAUGUGUCUGUGGGGAACAAACUGCUCUGCACAUGUUUUUGUUUCACUAGAGCAAACACAGGAAAGAAGUUACAGGCAUAGUCUUAUGACAGCUAAUGCCCUCACUAUGAAUAAGAAAGUGAAAUAAAAGUCAUUAACUGGCAUAUAAACAAGCAGACAGAACCUGCAUUCUGUCAUCAGAAACUAUGAAGUCUUUCACUAUACACUACAGAAAAUAGAGUAUUUAAAGUAGCCAAAAAAGUACCAAAGUAAAAAAGUGCCCUCUUGAGGUCACUUCCAGCUUUCAGGAAAAAUAACCACAGACAUAGAAGAAAGUCAAACUUCUCAGUGGCAUAUCCUCACAGAGGCCAUGCACUUCCAUAGUCAUCUUUCACAAAAGUAGUCUAGAACUUAUGUACCAAAGCAGCAUUUUGCAAAUCAGCAACAUGACCCAACUCCAGCCCCCAGGCAGCUCAGCUCACCCAUUACCAAUUCCAACAGGAGCAGCCCCUGUGAGGGACAUGUGCUCCCUCCUCUCCUUGCCCAAGGAAAAUGUUAAGAAGUGACAGUCUACACAUAGUUUUAAAUGCAUAGUUUGCUUUGGAAUACUUUGGAAUUAUGGGAAAUACAUCAACCUGCUGCACAAUUCAAUGACUACAACCAUUUUUUUUAAAUGUUGGCUUCAUUCUCUGUUAUUUUAGCAUGGGGCAAUUUGACACCACUGAGAAUUUUUUCCUUUUGGUCGUUUUUAUGGCAUUUUAAAAACAAUGCUUAAUGUCCUGCAGUUUGCCCUUACCUGUUUGUUUAGCUCUUUUGUUUUUGUUGGUGUGGUUUAUUGGGUGGGUUUUUUAUCUUUAGCAGCUCUGAAAAUUCUUAUCACCUGUAGUAUCACAGUAGGCUGGCAGGCACCCUUGCUAAUGAAUUGCAUUCAACAAGAAAGUUCUUAUACCCAUGUUGUCACCACUAGUGCUUUUCUGUCAGAUACAAAAAUAACAACAACAAAAAAAAACAAUCAUGGGGAAGCAAAGGGGACAUCAGUAGUGAUAUCAUAUUGUGUACCAUAGGCCUGACACUACCCUGAAGUCCUGUGGCCAUUUAAAAUCAGCAGUUUUGUACUAUUUCUGCUAACACAAUUUUUCCAGCUUUGGGAAUAGCUUACUAAUAUAAGCAUCUUCAUCAUCAAUCACAGUCAAAACUUUCUUUUGCUGCUGUUUAUCACAGUGAAAGGGAACAGCAAAAUAUUUGGCAUUUUAUUUAAAAACCUUAAUUUUAGGCCUGUAGACAUCUGGAACUGUGUAAAGCUAAUGAACCUGUUCCAGUAUUUUUAUUAAUGUACAGGCAUCACAAUUUAAAGUUGAGGUAUUGGUAAAUAUCCAGGUAAACUUUUCUUGGUGAAACAUGAUACUCCGGGGUGAAUUUAGGAAAGAAUUGCAUACAGUGCCCUUUCUCUUGCUAGUUCCAGGUAGUGGAAAUAAAAUUCUACUUGAAAUAUUAAACAGCAAUGGGGAGUUGUUAACUUCUGUGAAAGUCCAGUUAAAGAGCUUUCAUGUGCUAAGUUAUUAUGCUAAUAGGAAUGUUUAUUCUGUUUAGCCACAGAUUUUAUUUCUGCAGGAAUCUGUCCACACAUUCCUAUGGCAAAAAUGACAAAAUAGCUUUGUCAUUUUCCAUGCUUUUGGCUGAGUAUGGACAUCAAUUAGGAAAAUACAUUCAUUUUUACAUUACAAACUAUUUACAGGAAGAAGCUUCCAGGAGAAAGUUUGAAACAAAGGAAUGUAAAUAAUCAGCAUCUUCCAGAAACAUGCAGCCUCUGAGCAGUAGCAGGCCUUGCACUGCACACUUCACAGGUAGAAAUCUCUUGUUUCUCCUGCUCUGUUGCCUAUUGGCAAAACCACAAAAGUAUUUUAUUCUGUACUAUUUAAAAACUGCUACUUUUCUGCCAAUUUCUUACCCUUUCCCUGUGCAGCACGUGUUGCUUGCAGUGUGUGACUGUAAGAGCCAAAAGCUGGGCAGUCCCAGCUCCUGUGUGUGUGCAGAGCUGCUCUGCCUGUAGGAGCUGGGGCUCUGCAGGAGCUGCUUCCUCUGCCGCCCAAAGGGCUUCCUGGUUCUGCCUUACUGACCCCAGUAAGAGCAGCCAGAACACUGAAGAAUACUGUCUCAGUUUUUUAAGCCUAGUGAGAUUGUUUUUCUUGCUUACAAAUAUUAAUAGCCACUUUUAGAAAGGUGUCUGCUUCUAGAACUCAGAGGCUUUAGAGAAUGAAACACUUCAAUACGGAAAUAUCCAAAUAUUUCAAGAACACUUUCUCUUACAUUGACAGUUUAUUUUCAAAAAGAGAAGACCUUGCUGGUAGCUUUACAGGCUAAGUCUGCAGCUUCUGAAACGCAACUGUGUUCUGCUCUUCAAAUGCUUCAAUUAACAUCUGGUUUUUAAUCACUGUCUGUUACUAUUCCACUAUAAAACUCAGUUUACUUUUAGGGUAGCCCACUAAAUGUACCAAUGGUGGCAACUUUUCCUGUCUGUGAUAAAUAUUUUGUAACUUAAAUAGUGAUAGACAUUUGGCAGAGUUAGCAAAUUAAACACAAAAUAAAUAGCAGUAAAUAGAUUUUGCUCCAAUAGAUGUAUAAGCUCUUUCACAAUGACUUGUACAGUUGUCUUCCUCUGCCUCUUCAAGCAUGUCAAAAUAUUCUGACAAUGCAACAUCACUAUGUGCCAGUCUUUAUAUGUUUGGAAACUAUGUAAAAUGAACAAUUUUAAAAGUGACUUUUCCACCUGGACUGUUUUCUCUCUGCUGACUUGAAUAAACUGUAUUUGUAUAUAUUGUAAAAAAAUAAAUGGUUUAAGAUGCUGA